UGUUUAGCCAGGGAGUGUUGUAGCUGCAAAGAACCUGAAUUGGCUAUUCAUAUUGGAUAUUCAGGGGUGUUGUGAGUCUCAUUUCUUCAUAGUUUAAUUGUAAUGCGCUGUCGAGCCAACAAGAGAGUGACAGUGGCCUUUAAAUAACUGCUGUCAUUUAAAAACAGAAAGGUUAGUUGGCUAGUUUCAUUUCCAGGUUAUGGAUUCAUGUAACUAACUGCAGUGUCAGUUUUGUGGUUAAUGAGGUUGGGAAAAUAGUAUUUCUAGUUUUGUAUAUAUAAUCUAAAUAAAGGGUUUUGGAUUGAUUUACUAAUGAGAAGCUUAGCAAGAAGUGUUUUAUAUUAGUUUAUCACAAGUCCAGAGGUUAAACAUCUCAACAUGAGUUUCACCUUGAUACUUAAAGUCAGAAUAUGUGGGAAGUCCUUAGAGCCUUUCCUCCACCGGGGACAUCCAGCUUUCCUUACACUGUCGAAGUCACCACAGCUACCUACCUCAGGACGCUUUCUGUGCACUAGAGACCUCAACCAGGGUGGCAGACAGACAGACAGAGAAAAGAGAGGACAGACCGACCGACAAGGUGGAAUAAAAAGCAGUCCCAUCAGACAGGGGCAAGGGAGAUCAUGGGGUGAUGCUGUAGGUGGAAAAGGUAAGAGUGCUAGUUUACGGCAGAAGCCUUUCCUCCCCACAUCUGUGUUUGCUGCUGGGAACGCAAAGAGGACGACAGAUUGGCUGAAGAGGAAAGCAGCUAUGGCCUCUAAGGAAAAGGAGCAGCAGGAGAAGAAAAAGGAGCUUGAGCGAACCAGAAAUACAGUAAAGGUGCAACCUCCUGCCCGGCCACUCCCCGCUGCUGAGUGGAAGAAGCUGAGGGAGUCUCUGGGAAAUCCGGAACGUUUUGACAUCCACAUGUUGGAAGCGAUUUUGCACUUAGAGGGGGAUCUGGAUGUCGCAAAGUCCCUGCUUACUUUUGUAGCUCUGGAAACAGGCACGCUGCCUUACGGGGUGUUACUGCGGUACCUAUUAAUCUGUGUGCAUGGCGGCCAUGACACUGAGGUGUUUGAUGUCUAUGAAAUCAUGCGGAAAAGUUUUCCCUCUGUGGACACAGGAGCCUGCACUCUUUUUAUCAAGUCCUUCAGCAGGACAGAGAGGUGGAGGGAGGCUAUCGACAUCCUGCAGGAGGUGAAGAAGAUUUUUCUCCCGACAACACGCAACUAUGGCGAUAUCAUCUCGGCGGCAGUGCAACACGGUGAUAUGACAACUGCCUGGGCUCUUUACAAUGAAUUAAUCGAAAAGGGACUGAGCCCACAAUGGGAGACCUGGGAUGCUCUGUUUAAGGGAAGGAAGAAGACUAAUAAGGAGGAAGGGGAGGCCAUGUCUCAUGCUGAACAGCAGGAGAAGCUUUUGGGGAUUCUUCUGUCCAUGAGGAACAACCAGAUCUACCCCAAGCACAGCCUCGCCAGCACCAUCAAGACCUGGUUUGAGAGUCUCGCAGGACAGAACUGGACAGGAAGUUGGACCAGCAUCACACAAGAGGGAGUGUGUAAGUGCUGUGGUUCAGCGUUGGAGUCCAUUCAGCUGACUGAUGAGGAGUACCAACAACUGAAACACAGAGUGAUGAGUGACGUCAUUCAGGGACGAGAUGUUUUCAACAAGACCACUCCACAGGAGUUGAAGCGGUUUGAGAUGUUUGUGAAGAAGAAGCCAGCUUUUGAUGUGGUCGUAGAUGGGCUGAAUGUCGCAAACAUGACCUUGGACAGAAGCAGGAUGGCGCAGACGUUGCUGGCGGUGGUGACAGAGCUUGAGCUUCAGGGCCUGACUAUUCUGGUGCUGGGGAGGAAACACAUGCUAAAUUCCACCAGAUCCUGGGACAGAAAAGACAUGAACCUGAUCCAGCAGAAAGCCCAUUGCUUCUUUACUGACGACAUGUCAGAGGAUGACCCCUUCCUGCUCUAUGCCACUUUGAAUUCUGGGAAUCAUUGUCGAUUUGUGAGCAGGGAUCUGAUGAGGGACCACAAGGCCUGCUUCCCAGACGAAGCCACCAGACGGCUCUUUUUCAAGUGGCAGAGAGGCCAUCAGCUGGUAGUGUACGGCUACGUCACAGCAGGCACGAGGGUCCGAUUUCAGAGAAUUCCCAGCUAUGACACCAUUGUUCAGACUGCAGGAGACUCGUGGCACAUUCCCUACGACGACACAGAGGACAGGAGCACCUAUGAAGUGCCACAGCGAUGGCUGUGUCUCACCAAAAAGCACUGAACACACACUUAUUUCACAGUAUCAUGUUUUUAUUCAAAUGCUUUGAAUAUAACUGUGGACCUGUAAAUACAUUAUUUACAACUCAA